AUGACCAACCCAAUCCGAGUCGUAGUCACAGGAUCAAACCGCGGAAUCGGCAAGGCAAUAUGCAGCCUCAUCGCGUCGAGGCAACAUGAUCGGCCAUUGCAACUUUUCGCAGCGUCGAGGAAAGGCGUCGAUCUCGGCCUGAGCGCGGAAAAUACCAUCUAUCCGACCCUCGACAUCGGCAGCCGUGACAGCAUUCGCGCUCUCGCGCAACAAGCGACCCAGCACGGCCCCAUCGAUGUCCUCAUCAAUAACGCCGGUGUCAACCUCGAUGACGAGUAUAGUGUCGAGAAUGCAAAGAAGACGCUGGACGUCAAUUACCGCGGGACAUUAGAGAUGUGUCAAACUGCCAUUCCGCUUCUGUCCCCGCGAGGCCGCAUAGUCAAUCUAUCGUCCAUCGCAUCCUCACUCCGCCCCUUCCCCGAGCACAUCCAGAAGCGCUUCCGAGAUCCCAACAUGUCCCUCGACGACCUCGAAAUUCUCGCGCAAGAAUACGAGACCUCCGUCCAACACGGCUCCGAGCAGCAGUCUGGCUUCGUCGGCCCCAAGCGAGCCUACAGCUUCUCCAAAGCGUGCAUCAACGCCUUCACCCGCAUCCUAGCUCGGGAUAAUCCAGGCCUUGUCAUCAAUGCUUGCUGUCCCGGCUGGGUCAACACGGAUAUGGGCGUAUUGGUAGGCACCUCGAAGCCGCCCAAAACGCCCGAGCAAGGAGCCUUGAUCCCCUACCACCUAGCCUUCGAAGACAUCGGCGAUGUGAGCGGUAAGUACUGGGCGAAUAGCAGUCUGCGGAGCAAAGAAGCCGGAAAAGUGCAGGAGUGGUGA